AUGAAGUGGCUCGCACUCAGCCUUGCCCUCGCCGGGCACUCCCAGGCGGCGCUGCGCUUCGGGUGCUCGACGGUGAGCAUCCAGCGCCUCGAUCCCCUCGUCGAGCCGGGCAAGAUCCCCUCGUCGCACGUGCACCAGAUCGUGGGCGGCAACAGCUUCAACGCCACGAUGGAGGGCGAUAGGUCCGAGCACGCCACCUGCACGACCUGCACCUUCUCGGAGAACUUCUCCAACUACUGGACUGCCGUCAUGUUCUUCAAGCACAGCAACGGCUCGUACAAGCGGGUGCCCCUGAUGCAGAACACGGCCCUGCCCAACGGCAUCAACGGCGGCAUGACCAUCUACUACACCCAGCAGGACUUCUUUUCCAACGGCAACCAGAAGAUCACUGCCUUCAAGCCUGGCUUCCGCAUGACGGUCGGCAGCCCGACGAACACGGGCGACCAGGGCAACCCGGGCUUGCGGUUCGUCUGCCUGCAAAACAAGGGCACCCGCUUCCCCGAACUCCCCACCUUCCCUAGCCAGCCCUGCCCGGGUGGCAUCAUGACGGUGCACCACUUCCCAGCCUGCUGGGACGGCAAGAACCUCGACUCGCCCGACCACCAGUCGCACAUGUACAACACGGUGCGCGAGGCCUUCACGCCGGCGGGCGCGUGUCCGGCGUCGCACCCGGUGCGGAUGCCGCAGCUGGCGUUCGAGACCCUCUGGGACACGACGCAGUUCAACAGCAUGUGGCCGGCGGACGGGUCGAACCCGUUCGUGCUCAGCUACGGCGACGGCGUCGGCUACGGCACCCACGCCGACUACGUCUUCGGCUGGAAGGGCGACGCCCUGCAGCGCGCCAUGGACUCCAACUGCAUGUUCAACGCGUGCGAGAACGGAAACCCGCUCCAGAGCCAGAGCGUCCAGCAGAUGAACGCGUGCACUGUCAAGAGCCAGGUGACCGAGGAGCUCGAUGGCUGGCUGGAUCAUCUCCCCGGUCAGGAGAACAUGGGCAACAUGUAA